UGCCUCGCCGUGCCGCCGCUCGGGGAGGGAGCGCAGCGCGCCCGCCGCACCCGGACGGACCUUGCGCCAGCCAGACCGACCGACCGCCAUCGCCAUGUCCAAGCGCCACCGCCUCGAUCUGGGCGACGAUUACAGCUCCAGCAAGAAACGCACCACCGACGGCAAAGAUCGGGAGCGGGACAGGGACCGGGAUGACCGUUCCAAGGACCGGGACAGGGACCGCGACAGAGACCGAGAUCGUGACAGGGAGAGGGACAAGGAGAAAGAUCUGCGCCCUGCAUCCAACUCCACCUACUAUGCAUCUGCUGGGUUACCAGCCAUAAAGCCAGCAAUGAUUCCACACAGUAUUAACCCUUUCACAAAUCUGCCACAUACCCCACGAUAUUAUGAUAUCCUGAAAAAAAGGCUACAGCUUCCUGUCUGGGAAUAUAAGGAAAGAUUUACGGAUAUUUUGGUUAGGCACCAGUCAUUUGUGCUGGUUGGAGAGACUGGGUCUGGUAAAACAACACAGAUCCCUCAGUGGUGCGUGGACUACAUGCGCUCGCUGCCGGGCCCCAAGAGGGGAGUGGCGUGUACGCAGCCGCGGCGGGUGGCUGCCAUGAGCGUGGCACAGCGCGUGGCCGACGAGAUGGACGUCAUGCUGGGCCAGGAGGUUGGCUACUCCAUUCGCUUUGAGGAUUGCAGCAGUGCUAAAACCAUCCUGAAGUACAUGACUGAUGGAAUGUUGCUUCGGGAAGCAAUGAACGAUCCUUUGCUGGAGCGCUAUGGUGUUAUAAUCCUUGAUGAGGCCCAUGAGAGAACACUGGCUACGGAUAUCUUGAUGGGAGUUUUGAAGGAAGUUGUAAGACAAAGAUCUGACCUGAAGGUUAUAGUUAUGAGCGCUACUUUAGAUGCUGGCAAGUUUCAGAUCUAUUUUGAUAACUGUCCUCUGCUAACUAUCCCGGGUCGCACCCAUCCUGUGGAGAUAUUCUAUACUCCAGAACCUGAAAGGGACUACCUUGAGGCUGCCAUUCGAACAGUGAUACAAAUCCACAUGUGUGAAGAAGAAGAAGGAGAUCUCUUGCUCUUUCUUACUGGACAAGAGGAGAUUGAUGAAGCCUGCAAGAGGAUAAAACGUGAAAUUGAUGACUUAGGUCCUGAAGUUGGUGACAUAAAAAUCAUUCCAUUGUAUUCCACCCUUCCUCCACAGCAACAGCAAAGAAUAUUUGAACCUCCCCCACCGAAAAAACAAAAUGGAGCAAUAGGAAGAAAGGUUGUGGUGUCCACUAACAUUGCUGAGACCUCAUUGACAAUAGAUGGCGUGGUGUUUGUGAUUGAUCCUGGCUUUGCAAAACAGAAGGUGUACAAUCCUCGGAUCAGAGUGGAGUCUCUGCUGGUGACUGCCAUCAGUAAAGCGUCUGCCCAGCAGCGAGCUGGCCGUGCUGGUCGUACUCGGCCAGGCAAGUGCUUCAGGCUUUAUACAGAGAAAGCCUACAAAACUGAAAUGCAGGACAACACAUACCCUGAAAUUUUGAGGUCUAACUUAGGAUCUGUAGUAUUACAGCUCAAGAAGCUUGGUAUAGAUGAUUUGGUGCACUUUGAUUUUAUGGAUCCUCCAGCUCCUGAAACUCUGAUGAGAGCCUUAGAGCUUUUAAAUUAUCUGGCUGCUUUAAAUGAUGAUGGAGACUUGACUGAGUUGGGAUCCAUGAUGGCUGAAUUUCCAUUGGAUCCACAGCUGGCUAAAAUGGUUAUUGCAAGCUGUGACUACAACUGUUCUAAUGAGGUCCUAUCUAUUACUGCCAUGUUGUCAGUCCCACAGUGUUUUGUUCGCCCCACGGAAGCAAAGAAAGCAGCAGAUGAAGCCAAGAUGAGGUUUGCCCACAUAGAUGGAGAUCAUUUGACGUUGCUGAAUGUCUACCAUGCUUUCAAGCAAAAUCAUGAGUCGGUUCAGUGGUGUUACGACAACUUCAUUAACUACAGGUCCCUGAUGUCUGCAGACAAUGUACGCCAGCAGCUGUCACGAAUCAUGGAUAGAUUUAAUUUGCCUCGUAGAAGCACAGAUUUUACCAGUCGAGACUAUUACAUCAACAUAAGAAAGGCAUUAGUUACUGGGUAUUUCAUGCAGGUGGCACAUUUGGAGCGAACAGGGCAUUACUUAACAGUGAAAGAUAACCAGGUGGUGCAGUUGCAUCCCUCCACUGUUCUUGAUCACAAACCAGAAUGGGUGCUGUAUAAUGAGUUUGUCCUUACAACGAAGAAUUACAUCCGGACAUGUACAGACAUCAAGCCAGAAUGGCUGGUGAAAAUUGCCCCUCAAUAUUAUGACAUGAGCAAUUUUCCACAGUGCGAAGCAAAGAGACAGUUGGAUCGCAUCAUUGCCAAACUUCAGUCCAAGGAAUACUCACAGUACUGAAUUUAUGCUUUGAACUGAAGUUAUUCAGAGGACAGCUUUAAGAGAUGAAAGGAUUCAAAGUUCAAGUUGUGCUCUUCACUUUGGUUCAAUAAUGGCCUUUAUUUGAAAGCUUUUUAAUUUUUCUUUACAGUAAAUAUUCCAUUCUGAUUUCAUAAAUUAAACAUUUAUGCCUCCCUUUUGUGUUGACACUGUAGCUCAUACUGGAAAAGCUAAUCAAUGUUUUGCAGUUUAUUGAAAGUAGUUCUAUAUAUAACAAUGUUAUAAGCAUUUCUUUAGAAAUGGUUGAAAAUGCUUCUAAAAAUGUGAUUAUCGACCAUGGUAUGCAUGAUCGUUGUAAUUGUUGACAUUCCUUUUAGAAGUUGUGAAAUGUUACAACUUGUGCUUCUGUAGACACAAUCUUUGGCUUCAGUACAAGGGUACUGACUUCAAUAAAGUCUAUUUAUACUAA